AUUAUCCCGUACGUAACUCACGAGAACAGAGGAGAGAGAGAAAUGGGGAUAUCGGGUUCAAAGCGAGUCAAGACGACUCUAUCCAACUCGCCCGAGUUUGACUCGGCUUGUGACUCAGCAUACGAAGAGUCUCUUUCUCUCGCACAGCAUGCUUUCGCCGGAGUUCGUCCCUACCAACUCUUCUCCUCCGCCGCUCAUAUCCACCGGAAUCUUUCCUCUCUCCGGUUCCCUUUAAUCAUCAGGUGGGUCCCUUCUCCGCCGAGUCAAUCCCAAGUCGACUCAGCUCUCCGAGUCACCAUCUCUCGAGCCGCGACGGCGACGGAGGAUGAGGAGAUUCUCGGGAAGGAGGAUUUCAAGGAAUGGGCCGUCGAGGUUUUCGCUGAAGCCGUUGUGGGAAACGCGAGGAAAGCGAUAGCGAGUAGGAUUCCGUUAGGAAUCGCCGGAAUCGCUGGACUCGGCGCGGUGACUCGGUCAGGUCAAAACCUGAUCGGAGCGGCGAUUGGUGUGUACGCAAUUGGAGUUGCCACUUCGGUUUUUCUCAGCCUCUCUGACUAAAAACUUUUACUUUUGUUCUUCUGCUUCAAGAACUGUACGGACAUUUUCUUUGUUCUGUAUUUUGAUUUUGGAAAAUGAAAUGUGUUUGGUUGCUGAGCUAUGUGAUUACUGUUUUUAAAUCUUGUACAUACCUUAAUAUGGUAGGAGCUUAAAUGUAGUUUGGCUGCUCAUUAUAUUGCAUAUAUUUUAUAAA